AGUUGUAUAACUCGUACCCAGGUAGGACCCAGAGAGAACGAACGUGGCUGCCCAAGGAUUCCCGCCGCCCUCUCGCUGUCCAAAGUUCCUUGCAGUUCGUUCUUAUAAAGCCUCAGAUCUUGGCGAGGUCCUUCCUUACCAUCUGACCGCGUGCUCAGCUCUACCUGCAGACAUGUGGCGGGCAGGACUAGUCCUGGGGUUGGUGUCAUUUACCGCUGCACUUAUCCCAGUGAAAGAACAAAAACCGUCGUUCUGGAAUCAACUGGCGGAUAAAGCCAUUCAGAAAGCGAACCAGUUACAAUACCGCAACUACAAGGCCAAGAACCUCAUCCUCUUUCUGGGAGAUGGGAUGGGAAUUCCCACCAUCACAGCCACCCGCAUCCUGAAGGGGCACAUGCAGAACCCGCCGACUCCUGAGUCGCCUUUAAGUAUGGACGCUUUUCCGUUCGUGGCGCUUUCCAAGACCUACAACGUGGACCGCCAAGUGCCUGACAGUGCGGGAACGGCCACUGCCUACCUCUGCGGGGUGAAGGCCAACUACAUGACCAUUGGCGUGAGUGCCGCCGCCCGGUUUAACCAGUGCAAUACAACCGCGGGCAACGAAGUCAUUUCAGUCCUGAAGCGGGCUCAGCUGGUUGGGAAGUCUGUGGGGAUUGUGACCACCACGCGAGUCCAGCACGCUUCCCCGGCUGGCAAUUACGCCCAUGUGGUGAACCGAAACUGGUAUAGCGACGACAGCCUGCCUAAGUCAGCGCUCGCGGAAGGCUGCAAGGACAUCGCCGUACAACUCAUCGAAAAUGUGAAUCUCACAGUGGUCCUGGGUGGGGGCAGGAAAUACAUGACUCCCAAAGGCACCCCAGACCCUGAAUACCCCACCAAAAACUCAACCAAUGGGAACCGUAAAGAUAACAGGAACCUAAUUGAGGAAUGGCUCCAAGCUUCGCCGGGUAGUAAAUAUGUUUGGAACCGAAAUGACAUGUUGAAAGCCGCCAGGGACCCAAAAGUUCGCCGUCUGAUGGGCCUCUUUGAACCUUCAGACAUGAAAUACGAGCUGUACCGAGACAACAGCACUGACCCGUCUCUGGCCGAGAUGACCGAAGUGGCCAUCCAACUCCUCAGUUCCAACCCAAAGGGCUUCUAUCUCUUUGUUGAAGGAGGCAGAAUUGACCACGGACACCACGAUGGUAUUGCGAAGCGAGCCCUGACGGAGGCGAUCGAGUUCGACAAGGCCAUCGAACGAGCUGGGGAGAUCACGAGGGAAAAGGACACAUUGACCGUCGUGACGGCCGACCAUUCUCAUGUCUUCAGCUUUGGAGGCUACACCCUCCGGGGAUCCUCCAUUUUCGGUUUAGCCCCCCAAAAAGGGACAGACGGCAAGCCAUACACCUCCAUCGUUUACGGCAAUGGGCCAGGCUACCAGAUCACUGACCAAGGCCGACCGAAUGUGACCACAGAAGAAAUUGAGGACAACGAUUAUCACCAGCAGGCCGCCGUGCCACUUUCGUCAGAGACCCAUGGAGGGGAGGACGUGGCCAUCAUGGCCAAGGGACCUAUGGCCCACCUUUUCCACGGGGUGCAGGAACAAUCCUACGUCGCCCACGUCAUGGCCUACGCCGGCUGCUUGGAGCCCUACCAGACGUGCAAUUUGCCCAAUGUGCCAUUUAAGUCUGCAGCUGCCCCCAAGGCCGGCCUCGCGGGACUCCUCCUCACUCCCUUGCUCCUCUGGAUCUGCUAGUCCUUCCCCUGGGGCAUUCUGGGUAAAUCUGGCUCUUCCUCCUCCUCCUCCUCACAUCUGGAACGGAGCCGCCCUCUCAGUAUCUUCUCCUAGGGGUGGGUGGGUUUCUAAAUCAUGGGGUUUUUUUUUUACCACCUUGGUGGACUUCAACUCCCAGAAUUCCCCAUGCCUGGACUCUGGCAGGCUUUCCAAGCUUCUACACCAGGGGUCCCCAAACCUGGCCACUUUUAAGACUGGUGGACUUCAACUCCCAGAAUUCUGGGAGUUGAAGUCCGCCAGUCUUAAAAGUGGCCAAGUUUGGAGACCUCUGUUCUGCACUGUUUGCGAGUUCCUUUCCAAGUAAAUUAAGAUUUCGGGGUUUCCAGAUUCGUGGCAGGUUUAGCUUG